GGCGUCGGCGCCCGGGCUCGGGCGGGCGCGGAGCUGGAGGGAGCUGCGCGGUGCAGGCCUAGGGCGGCGGGGAGGGUCGGUCUGCAGCCCGGGGCUGGGGCGUGAGGGUCUCGGGCCUGAGCCGGGGAGGGUCCCUGCGACGGGACGCCCCUAAGCCAGUGCCCCGCAGCUAUGGAGCAGGACGACCCGGCCGAAGCGCUGACGGAGCUGCGCGAGCGGCAGCCGAGCCCGUUGGAGCUGCUGCAGGUGGCGGCGGGCUCGGGCCUGGCCGUCUACGGCGUGUGGGCGCUGCUGCUGCAGCCCGGCUUCCGCCGCGUGCCGCUGCGCCUGCAGGUGCCCUAUGUCGGCGCGAGUGCCAGGCAGGUGGAGCACGUGUUGUCGUUGCUGCGAGGCCGUCCUGGGAAGACUGUGGACCUGGGCUCUGGGGACGGCAGGAUUGUGCUGGCUGCCCACAGGUGCGGCCUCCGCCCCGCUGUGGGCUACGAGCUGAAUCCCUGGCUGGUGGGACUGGCGCGGCUGCGUGCCUGGAGGGCAGGCUGUGUUGGCAGUGUCCGCUUCCACCGUGAGGACCUCUGGAAGGUGAGCCUGAGGGACUGCCACAAUGUGUCUGUGUUCCUGGCUCCUAGUGUGCUCCCAUUGCUGGAGGACAAGCUGCAGGCAGAGUUGCCUGCAGGAGCCCGCGUGGUGUCUGGGCGCUUCCCCCUCCCCACCUGGCAGCCUGUGGCUGUGGUAGGUGAGGGCCUGGACCGAGUCUGGGCCUAUGACAUCCACAGAGGUGGGCCAGCUGGGCAGGCUGUGCCAGGGCCCGGUUCUGCCUCCGUGCUUGGAACCCCCAAUUCUCAGACUGGCUGACUGCACGCAAUAAAGACUCUCUGCUCCACCCUGA